UUUUUUCAGCCCCACAUGCUGGUUGUCCAGACCUGGGCCCCAGGCACCCAUCUCCCUUUGCUUGGGAAAGCUUUCAGGGCCAGGGACUGGCUGGGUCCAGCCUGGAGCCAGGGUCAAAGGUGUGGCAGGGGUUGGGGGGCCCAGCCUGCCCUUGGGGGUGGGUGGGGGGUGCUCUCUUGCCUUGCUUGCCCUUGUGCUGGCUCUCACUGCAGGGUUGCUGUGGGGAGGGACGGCCCCAGCUCCAGGCCUCCCCACGUUCUGACACCAGGAGGAGUCUUAGGCCAGACUCAGCGCUGGCGCAGCGAGAACUUUGAGAGGCCCGUGGACCUCGAGGGCUCUGGGGAUGACGACUCCUUCCCCGACGAUGAGCUGGAUGACCUCUACUCAGGGUCGGGCUCGGGCUACUUCGAGCAGGAGUCCGGCAUCGAGACAGCCAUGCGGUUCAGCCCGGAUGUGGCCAUGGCAGUGUCGACCACACCUGCAGUGCUGCCUACCGUGGACAUCCAGCCUGUGGGCACCCCAUUGGAAGAGCUCCCCUCAGAGCACCCCACUCCGGAGCCGGCCACCAACCCCCCUGUGGUGACAGAGGUCCCAGAAGAGCCUAGCCAGAGAGCCACCACCACCUCCACUCCCACGGCUACCACUGCCACCACGACUGCGGGGGCCCUGACUGUGGCCACGGCGCCCGCCACAGUGGCCACUGCCGCCCCCAGCCUUCCCGCGGCCCCCCCUUCCACGGCCACCACCUCCGUCAUAAGGACCACCGGCAUGCGGAGGCUUCUGCCUCUUCCACUGACCACGGCGGCCACGGCCCGGGCCACCACCCCCGCGGCGCCCUCGCCUCCCACCACGGCGGCUGUCUUAGACACAGAGGCCCCAACCCCCAGGAUGGUCAGCACCGCUACCUCCAGGCCAAGGGCCCUUCCCAGGCCAGCUGCCACCCAGGAGCCUGACAUCCCUGAGAAGAGCACCUUGCCCCUGGGCACCACUGCCCCUGGACCCACGGAGGUGGCUCAGACCCCAACUCCGGAGUCCGUCCUGACCACGAUCCGGGAUGAGCCAGAGGUGCCCGUGAGUGGGGGGCCCAGCGGGGACUUCGAGCUGCCAGAGGAGGAGACCACACAGCCAGACACAGCCAAUGAGGUGGUGGCCGUGGAUGCGGCUGCAGCCAAGCCGUCACCUCCACCUGGGACGCUGCCCAAGGGCGCGCGCCCAGGCCCCGGCCUCCUGGACAAUGCCAUCGACUCAGGCAGCUCGGCUGCCCAGCUGCCUCAGAAAAGCAUCCUGGAGCGGAAGGAGGUGCUCGUAGCUGUGAUUGUAGGUGGGGUGGUGGGCGCCCUGUUCGCCGCCUUCCUGGUCACAUUACUCAUCUACCGCAUGAAGAAGAAGGAUGAGGGGAGCUACACCCUGGAGGAGCCCAAGCAGGCGAGCGUCACGUACCAGAAGCCUGACAAGCAGGAGGAGUUCUACGCCUAGCGGAGCCACAGUGCCUCCCGUAGCUCAGCGUCACCCCCCUGCCUAGCCCCCGGCCCAGCCCCACCAGCCCUGGCCUGGGACUGGGCCUGGAAGGGAGCCUGGCCCCAGUUCAUCUCCGCCCGCCCUCCCGAGGUCUGCCCAGACUGCCAGCCUCACACAGAUCUUGCCUGAAGGACAGGGGGCGCUGCCAUCUGCCCUCGACUGUGCCCUUACGAGCUCAUCUCGUGUGUGUGUGUGUGUGUGUGUGUGUGUGUGUGUGUGUGUGUGUGUGUCUUUCUCUCCACCCCCCCAUCCUCCCCACAAUCAGCUGGCUUCAGGACCUCAGGUCAGACAGACCAGAGGAAGGAAGCUCCGGAUUGGCUGCUGGAAGAAGGGGUGGGGCUUGAGAUGGGCUUGAGCCCCACCCUGGUCCCCCAGCGCUGGCUGAGGUCUCCUGGAGGUAGAGAGGCACCCAGGCUGGUUCCCAGGACAAGCGUUGGGCAGGCUCAGCCCUGAAAUCACUGAGACGCUGCAGCAGCCUCUCGCCGCUGUCCCAGGGCCCCUCUCUGCCCGGGAGGGGGUACCUGCUGCCGCCAGUCUGUUCUGUCCUGGCCUCUCUGGGGCUGUGGGAUCAUGCUCCCCUCACCCCUGCCCCGUGUACACGUACCACAGGCCUCACCCCGUCUGCCCCUAAGGAACUGACUUCCUGAGAGCACCUGGGGGCCACUGGCGAGGAGGGGGGGCUGCUCGGACCUCCCUCUGGCGAGUGGGCCUCUGCCCAGACACCAUCUCCCACAUGGUCACGCAUCAUGUCACCCACACGGAAGUACGCGAUGACAGAAGCAUACACGGUCCCGACCAGCCAGCUGGUGUAGACCUGUCACAGACACACAUUCUUCCAAAGAUGCUGACUCUCACAUCCCCCCAGUGCUUACAACGAUGCAUGUCACCAGACAUCAUCGCCUGGUGGUGAUGGUGCGGCCUGCCCCGCUCUCGGCCCCCCUUGCCCCCAUCCAUGUACACUGUGGCAUCACGCAUGUUGUCCCCAGCUUUCAGGCUCACUGGAGAGGGCGGAGUCAAGCUGGGACAGUCAGCCCAUAUUGGGUCCCCUGAGUUGCCCUGUCACACUCAGUCCCUCACCACGACGCCGACACCAACCGCAUUGCCAGUGACCCCGGCACGUCAGACACAAUCCACGUGGAUGCGGUCUCACCCCACACAGCCCCGUGCCCGCAUGGGAGAAGAGGAGGGCACUUCCUUGCCUUUCCUGGAAUAAUGCGUGGCAUAGAGGGCAUGUUGCCACAAGCGCCCCGGGGCAUCACACACCCGGUGAGGCCUGUUUCCCUCCCCUCCAUCGCUCGCCAGGGGCUUAGUCCAGGGCCAGCCCCCCACUCUCGAGGAGCCUUGCUGAGGAAGGCAGGCUGGUUCCUGGAAUGCGGCCCCAGGCUAGGGAGGGGGCUUGGGUCUCCCAGGACCACAAGCCCGGGGCGGGGAGGGGCAUGUGGCCUGGCUCCUGGUCUCCCUGUGUCCCCAUUCUGCUCUGAGCUAGGGGCUGACUCUGCCUCCCAGGACACAAGUCCCCAAAGUGCCUGCAAGGGUGGGCCCUGCCACCCGGGGCCUCCUGCACCCUCCCUCCCCCCACCGGCCUUGCCAGGCCCACCUCGGUCCUGCCCUGGGGCCCUCCCCGCCCUGGGGCCCUCCCCGUGGACACUGACUCACUCAUUGGCCAAACCACCUGAUGGUUCUCCUGGGUGCCGCUGGAUGGACCUGUCGCUGGGAGCCGCCUGUCCAGACGCAUGGCUCCAAGCCAGGAGCUGAGAGCGGGUGCGGGUGGGGGUGCCGCAGACCUCAGCCCGCCUCCCCCUUCUUUGUUACCCUUGCAAGGGGGCCGCUUCUGUAGAUAUUUUAAAUGUGGGGCCACAGAUCUCCUUUGGGGAGAGUGUGCUUGGUGGGGGCUCCCGAAGCCACGGGAUGUGGUCUGAGUUGUGUUUGGCUGGUGCUCACACCCCCACCCCUCACCUUCGACCCAGAUUAAAGUCAGCAGCUUUUAUUUCUGUUCCCUUUUCAAGACUCCCUGGCAGCAGACUUCUGCAGGGGGAGGGGGAGGGGUGCCUGAGGUGGUGAGGGUGAGCUUCCAGGGAACGUCACCCCCUGUAUUUUCCACCAUCCUACUUCCAGCCCGGGGCUCUGUCUUGUAGACUCAGUGUCCCCCUGGGUGGGGCCCGGAAGCUUGUGAGGAACCCAGCCUUUGAAGGGGGCAGGAGUGAGGGGAGGCACCCUGGGCCCAAGAUCUGUUGAAGGUGAGGUGACAUGGCCUCGGUUGUCCCUGGAGCAGAAGGGCUGGGGGAGGCGGAGACCAAAGUCCCGGCCUCUCUCUACCCUGCUCCCUGGCGGGCUGCUGUCUUGGGGCCAGCAGCUCUGGUGACGAGGCCUGGGCAGGCCGAGGCUGAGAAGCCAGGGAGCAUGGAGGAGAGAGGACACGAAUCCAGAGAUGGUGGGCCCAGGGUGGGAGACCCCGGCACGGGCCAGGGCGCAUGGUGGGGUGGGGUGGGGUGGGGCCCAGCAAGGGUGGGUGAGCUGGGCUUGGUCUGGCUGGAAUGGGCUUGGAGUGGCAUUCGUGGGUCUAGCCUGGCCCCGGCAGGCCUGACUCCCCACAUCCUGAGGGCUGGCUUCUAACUUGGGGCUUGGGGCUUUGCCUCCUGGCACUGGCCUCUUCUCUUUGUCCUUUGCAUUUGAGGGAAGAGGCCGAGGGCCUUGUUCAUGGAGCCCUGGACUUGAGACAAAGGCCCAGGCUUUAUCCUCAUGAAACUGAACAGUCAGACUAGCCCAAUUCCACUCCAGCCAGCCCGGCUCAGCUAGGGCGGGCCAAGAGAGAGGUCGGUUAAAAGGAUGAGCUGGUGCUCUCCUAGGUGCAAUGUGGGUGCGGGGCUGUCACCCAGCCUGGGCACACGGUGCGACGUGUGCAGGGCCUGCCCAGGUGUGUCUGGCCAGACCCGAGUGUGCUCGGGGAGGGCCCUGGCAUUUCCUGGAAGCAGGGCAAAUUCCAAAGGGGAGGGAGCUCAUGUGGCUUGAGAACCUCUUGGGGCCUCGGCUGCCAGGGAGGGCGGCGGGGGCCUUGGGAGGUGGAGUUUGGGGUCCCCCUCUGGCUGUGACUUUUCAGAACCCAGGCUCUGUCUCCCUAGGAGGCCAGAAGGGGCUACCUCUCCUGAAAGAUUUGUCCCCUUGAGCCCUGGAGGUGGCUGGGUGGUGACCAGGGCUGGGUGAGGCAGGUCUGCGGGCAGUGGCUUGGGCGGCUCAGGGCAGACUCCCCGCUGGGCAGAACCAUCCAUCCAGGCCUCCAGGCUGGGACCCUGAGCACAGGAAGCAGAUGAUCUCUGCCUGUUGGGCGGGGCAAGAGUGGCCACCACCUCCUCGGCUCUCCUGAAUUUCUCCUGGAGGCCAUCACCCCGGACUUGCUUCCUCAGGCUUCCUGCCUGUAAAUAGAAGCCGACAAACUGUACAGAUUUACAGAGAUGCCAAGACCAGGUCCUGGGGCUGCCAUCCAAGGGCCGAUGGUUCCAGCAUUCCCCAGCAGCCACCUGGCAGCUCAGAGCGCCCAGCCCCAGCCUGGCAAGUAUAUGUAAAUAGUUCCGUAGGCAGCGUGGCUCCAGAGAGCCCCCGGAAGACAGUGUCCCUCCUGUGUGUCCUUUCUCCUGUACAGAGCCCUCCAAGAACCCGGCCUGGCGUGGGGGGGAGUUUGGCCUUCCCUCCCCCGGGCCUUCCCUGCCCCUUCUCUCCCCCAUAACCUGUUUAUUAACCAUACCUGUCCUGAGUUCAUGGCCAAAUCUCUAAGGAAAAGUGGAGGGAAAAGACUGGAAAAGAGGCCCAGGUGCCUGCCCCACCAUGGGUCCUCACCUGUCCCAGCCUUGUGAAGGAGCUGUUUGGGUUUUUUUGUUUCUGUUUGGUUAUGUGUGUGUGUGGUUUUUUUUUUUAACACUUCCCGUGCUGUGCCCAUUUAUAAGAGGAAAUAAAAUUAAGA